AUUGGUUAGGUCUGUCGUAUAUUGCUGUUAUGCAAAUAAAGACACUGAACACCCAAAAGUUGUGACGUGAAAUUAAACAUUGUUAUCUAGCCUCAUGUGUCUCAACAUGGCUUACGUCUGCGGGGUGUUAAUCGUGAGACAUACAAAUUGAAGCUAUAUAAGCAAGUUUGCACUAACAACGUCAAGUUAUUUGAAAGAAUACACUGGCAGACUUAUCCGAACCAUUCAUAGCAUACGCCAAGUGUGACUUUUACUAGCUGAGAAAUGAACGCAGUACGUGGUUUGCUACUGUUGUCAAUAGUUAGUAUGUGUGCUACCCAAACACCUCCGGUUUGUGAUAGCACAGUAACUUCGUUUCACCCCGAUACAACUAAUUGCAAUCAAUACUACACCUGCUAUCAGGGAGUAGCUACACUGCAGUCUUGCCCAGAUCAGAAAUACUUCGAUGCUUCCAGAAGCUUGUGUGAUGUUCCAGAAAAUGUGCCUUGCACUAUCGGGCCUUGCACAGGAAACACCGCACUAAAGGCCGUGGAGAUACCAAAUAUAUGCACCAGUUAUACAUUGUGCGUCGGCGAAACAGCAUAUAACAGAACUUGUGCUGAGGGUACCCUGUUUGAUUCAGCCUAUGGAGAUUGCGUGUUGGCAAGCAACAGUUCAUGUGUUGAGAAUCCUUGUCUUACGACUGAUCCAGCAACAGCAUUACCGGCCACUUUGUAUCCAGUGCUAAGUUCAUGCAAAAAAUAUAUCAUUUGCAAUAAACUAGAUCCUGUGGUGCGUACAUGCGCCGGUGCAGCCGUCUUUAGCCGUACCGUAUCGGAUUGCGUUGAUCCCGCCAGCUAUGUUUGUCCGCCAGGAACUUCCGACGUAUGAACUGAUCAGAAUAGGUGUUUGGGAUUACUGAAAAAAUACUGUUUAUAAAGGAAACAUACCACUUUAUUGAAUAAAAUAAUGGUUCUAUUGUCAUAUCAAA